ACGUCACUUCCAGCAAGCACUAGACCGAAAAGGAGAGUGUCUUGCUCUUGCGGUGUUUGUUUUACGGUGAACAGAACACACAGCUUGUAAAUUCUUGCGGUGCAAGAAAUUCUUUUCACAGCUGGGCAUAACAAUGGUUCUUCGGUACAGAUCACUGACCCUGUGUAAAAGGAUAGUGGGAGCGAAAUCUCUGGUGAAACAUGAACUCAAAGUGCCCUCGCAACGCACGUAUUACAGUUACUGCAAUGAGCCCUUCCAGCCCCUUAACCGAGACCCCGCGUGGGUGAGCGCCGAUGAAGCUGUCAGCGUUAUCAAAUCCGGUGACACGGUGUUUCUGCAUGGAGCGGCAGCCACACCCCGUGGGAUCAUUCCUGCCAUGGUUGCCCAUGGAAAGACCAAAGGACUCAAGAACGUCACGGUCUGCCACAUUCACACAGAGGGACCCGCUGAAUACAACAACCCAGAUUGUGCAGGUAUCUUCCGCAGCAUGUCCUUCUUCACCGGCGCAAACUGCAGGGAACCCAUCAAUGCUGGGAGGGCAGAUUUCGUGCCAAUCUUCCUGGGCGAAAUCCCACUGGUGUUUCACCGGGGCAUUGUCCCGGUGGACGUCGCCAUCGUGCAGGUCACACCGCCGGACAUCCACGGCUACUGCAGCUUGGGCACGAGCAUAGACUGUGCGCGGGCUGCUCUGACCCAAGCCAAGUACAUCAUAGGCCAAGUGAACGAAAACAUGCCUCGCACAUGGGGUGACGGAAACAUCCACAUGUCACACUUCGACGCGCUCGUCAAGGCGGACAUGCCUCUGCCCGAGCAUAAGCCGUCGAAGCUCACAGACGUUGAAACCAGCAUCGGCAAACACAUCGCCGAGAACCUGGUCGACAACGGCGCCACGCUUCAGUUGGGCAUUGGCUCAAUUCCGGACGCCGUCCUGUCUCAGCUCAAGGGCCACAAGGACCUGGGUAUCCACUCCGAAAUGUUCAGCGACGGCGUCGUGGAGCUGGUGGAACACGGGUGCAUAACAAACAACAAGAAAAACAUCGAGAGGGGAAAAACUGUUGGCAGCUUCUGCAUUGGCACCAAGCGGCUCUUUGAUUUCAUGAACUGCAACGCCAGUCUUGUCAUGCUCGAUGUGGGCUACGUCAACAACCCGCAGAUCAUCUGUCAGAACCCCAAGGUGACCGCCAUAAACUCCUGCGUCGAGGUGGAUAUCACGGGGCAGGUGGUCUCGGACUCUAUUGGGCCCAGGAUUUACUCUGGGUUUGGAGGUCAGCUUGACUUCCUAAGAGGUGCAGCCAUUGGCAAAGAUGGGAAGGGCAAGCCCAUUCUUGCCAUGCCUUCCACGACGGCCAAGGGAGUCAGCAAGAUAUCGAUCUACAUCAAGGAAGGAGCUGGAGUUGUGACAACACGUGGUCACAUCCACUACCUUGUCACAGAGUAUGGCAUAGCCUCUCUAUUUGGCAAGAGCAUUCGUCAACGUGCACACGCUCUCAUCAACAUUGCACAUCCCAACCAUCGAGAAACCCUCGAGAAGCAAGCCUUCGAACGCCUGAAGUGCAUGCCUUCCCCAUGAGCAUGUCCGCUACUGCCAGGGAUUUUUUUUUCUUUCGUGGCACUUAUAUUUCAAAGUAUCGAAUGUAAUGACACAAAUGAUUCUACGUUUGCCCCCACUUGUUAACCACCCGGUUGCUUUAGGUUGUGGGAAUUUGAAAGGCAUCGAGACUUCAAAAGUCUUAGGGGUUGCCGGGUUCACAUUUUUCCACGUACACUACAAGGAUAGGGUGUAAUUUUUUUGUACUUACUAGGGCUUGUGACGAAGUGGGUGAAAAAAUGUGCAUUUCAAAGUCAUCCUGGGUAUGUGGUAUACACAGAUUGGGUGUUAAAAAUUUUUCAAAAUAAAGACUGAUAAGAGAUUUUGGAUAAUGAUAUGGCUUAAAAUCUUGAAAAACGAAACACUGCCCGUGUGGAAGACAGAACUAGCAUUUCUUGCUCAAUAAAACCUGUUUUGUAUUGACACUGGUACAAAUAAAAGCUAGUAAUGUGUCAACAAUGUAUGCACACCACUAUGCCCACUUACACCUUGCCCAUUUCUGCUACCACCAAAAUAAAGGUAUUUUUAGAACGA